UAAAACCUUUCUUUUUUUUUCUUUUCUUUUUAUAUAUAAAUAUAUAUAUAUAUAAAAUGAAAAGUGAAAGCCAAUUUACAACAGCAACAGCAGCACUAAAAAAGACAAUGCUGGUUGAAGAAAAAAAUAAAAAAAUGACAGUUGAAAAAGAAAAAGCAGCAGUGAGUUUAUUAUUAAUAGAUGAGCCCAGUAAUAAGAAAUGGAAGAAUUGGUGGCUCAGGACUAUAACGACAUUUAUGAUGAUAGGCGCCUUUUUUUUUAUUCUUGCUUCAGGGCAUGUAUGGGCUAUUUUAAUGGUGAUUUCCAUCUCUACUGUUGUCUAUCAUGAGGUACUUCAAAUCGCUCAGGGUCCUGCAAAAGAUAGUAAUUUUAAAUGGUUUAAAACAAUGAGUUGGUACUUUUUAGUAACUACAACUUAUUUUCUUUAUGGUGAAUCUAUUAUCUAUUAUUUUCAACAUGUUAUGUUAGUAGAUAGAGUUCUUUUACCUUUUGCAACUCAUCAUCGAUUUAUCAGUUUUGUCCUUUAUGUUAUUGGAUUCGUAUUUUUUGUUGCAAAUUUAAAAAAGGGACAAUAUAAACGACAAUUUCGACAAUUUGGUUGGAUGCACAUGGCACUCUUACUAAUCGUUUUUCAGAGUCACUUUAUUGUGAAUAAUAUUUUAGAAGGUUUAAUUUGGUUCUUUUUACCUACUUCCUUAGUCAUCUGUAACGAUAUCUUUGCAUAUAUUUGUGGGUUCUUUUGGGGUCGUCGUCCAUUAAUUCAACUCAGUCCAAAGAAAACAAUUGAAGGAUUUUUAGGUGCUUGGAUUUGCACUCUUUUAUUCGGAUUUUUGUGGUCUAUUUUAUUGAUGAAAUUUAAUUAUCUUAUAUGUCCGGUUAAGGAUUUAUCUAUGUCAGCUUGGUCCCAUAUUGAAUGUAAUCCUAUAAAUCCCGUUUUUAUAUCAGUUCCAUGGAAAUUACCCAAUCUAUGUAUUAUCGUUAUUCAAACAUUGUUUCAAAAAGAAGUUACAAAGAUUUGGAUUGCACCUAUUCAACUUCACACACUUAUUAUGGCCUGUUUUGCAUCGUUAAUUGCUCCAUUUGGAGGAUUCUUCGCUAGUGGAGUUAAACGUGCAUUUAAUGUAAAAGAUUUUGGUCAAAGUAUUCCUGGACAUGGAGGUAUGACAGAUCGAAUGGAUUGUCAAUUUUUAAUGGGCUUCUUUGCUUACAUCUAUUAUCAAAGUUUUAUCAAGACACAUAAUUUGAAUAUGGGUGCCAUCCUUGCUACUAUUAUCAAUCAUUUAUCCUUAUCAGAUCAAUUAGAACUUUUAGAGCAUUUGCUAAUUUAUUUUACUAAUCAAGGAAUUUUGGAUCCUACAGUCUUACAAGUAUGUGGUACAGUUAAUAAUACUUUCUUGACUGAAUAUGCACAAUACAUUUUACAAAAUAAUAUAUAAUAUAAUAACAACUUUGGUAUAACAUAUUACAAUUUGCCCCUUCCAUUUCCUCCCCUCUACUUUAUUAUUAUUAUUAUUAUUAUUAUCUCUAAUAAUUAAGGGGAAUAAUACGAAUUAUUGAUUGGGUUCUAAAAAUACAGUAAUUUC